AUGGUGUGGGCUCGGGCGGCCCUCGGUCCCUGGAUGCUCUGGGGAGUCUUGCUGCUCGUGGCCCCCGCGGGGGCGCAGCGCGGCCGGAAGAAGGUGGUGCAUGUGCUGGAGGGCGAGUCGGGCUCGGUGGUGGUGCAGACAGCGCCCGGGCAGGUGGUCAGCCACCGGGGCGGCACCAUCGUCCUGCCCUGCCGCUACCACUACGAGGCCACCGCGCACAGCCACGAAGGUGUCCGUCUCAAGUGGACUAAAGUGGUGGAGCCGCUGGCCUUCACCGACGUCUUUGUGGCGCUGGGCCCCCAGCACCGGGCGUUUGGCAACUACCGAGGGCGGGCCGAGCUGCAGGGCGACGGUCCUGGCGACGCCUCCUUGGUUCUCCGAAAUGUCACACUGCAAGACUACGGGCACUACGAGUGCGAGGUCACCAACGAGCUGGAGGAUGACACCGGCAUGGUCAAGCUGGACCUGGAAGGCGUGGUCUUCCCUUACCACCCCCGCGGAGGCCGCUACAAGCUGAGUUUCACGGAGGCGCAGCGCGCCUGCGGGGAACAGGAUGGCAUCCUGGCAUCAGCCGAGCAGCUGCACGCGGCCUGGCGCGAUGGCCUGGACUGGUGCAACGCGGGCUGGCUGCGCGACGGCUCGGUGCAGUACCCAGUGAGCCGGCCCCGGGAGCCCUGCGGCGGCCUUCACGGGGCCGGGGGCGCCGGGGCUGGCGGAGGUGCCGCCGGGGGCGUGCGCAACUACGGCUACCGGCACAACGCGGAGGAGCGCUACGACGCCUUCUGCUUCACGUCCAACCUGCCCGGGCGGGUGUUCUUCCUGAAGCCGCUGCGGCCCCUGCCCUUCUCCGGAGCAGCGCGCGCGUGCGCGGCGCGCGGGGCGGCGGUGGCCAAAGUGGGGCAGCUGUUCGCCGCGUGGAAGCUGCAGCUGCUGGACCGCUGCACCGCGGGCUGGCUGGCCGACGGGAGCGCGCGCUACCCCAUCGUGAACCCGCGCGCGCGCUGCGGGGGCCUCCGGCCCGGCGUGCGCAACCUCGGCUUCCCCGACCCCGGGCGCCGCCUCUUCGGCGUCUACUGCUACCGCGCGCCGGGCGCGCCGGACCCUGCACCCGGCGGCUGGGGCUGGGGCUGGGCGGGAGGCGGCGGCUGGGCCGGAGGCGCGCGAGACCCCGCUGCCUGGACGCCUCUGCGCGUCUAG